UUAGAAAACGUAACACAGGAAGAGCAAAUGGUUCCAGAGUUUUUGUCAGUUAAUGAACUUUCAAGCCGGGACAAAGUCCAGUAUAGUAUUUGUCUAAAUGUGUUACAUGUAACUCGCAGUAAUACACUUCUUCCGUUUCAGUUGAGCACGUACACUGUGUUGUGUUGGGUUUAUUUAAGAAAAUGCCCCCGUUAAAGUUUUGUGCAAACCUCUCUUGGCUUUUCACCGAGUUGCCCGGGUUUACACAGCGGUUCCAAUCUGCAGCCGCAGCUGGGUUCAGAGCUGUGGAGGCGGCAUGGCUGUACGACUCAGACCUGCUGGAGCUUCAGAAAGCAAAGACACAGUCCGGAGUAGAUGUAGUGCUCAUUAACACACCACCCGGUGAUGUAGGGAGUGGUGAUCUUGGACUCGGGGCUGUUCCUGGCAGAGAAGCAGAUUUUCGAAGAGGCCUGGAGCUUGCAGUAAAGUAUGCUAAAGGGCUGGACUGCAGCAGGAUCCACUUAAUGGCCGGGCGGGUUCCUAUGGGGCUGGACCGGGCUGCUGCUCUUGCAGAGAUGGAGGCCACUUUUAUUGAGAACCUGACAUACGCCUCUAAUGUAUUAUUAAAGGAGGGGAUUCUAGGGCUGGUGGAGCCUAUCAAUACCAGGAUAACAGAUUCCCGAUAUUUCCUGAACACGCCACACCAAGCUGCUGAUAUUUUGCAGAAAGUUGGCAGCUCAAACCUAAAACUGCAAAUGGACAUCUUUCACUGGCAGAUAAUGGAUGGGAAUCUUACACAAAACAUCAAAACCUACUUCCCACUCAUUGGUCACAUUCAAAUUGCACAGGUCCCUGAUCGGAAUGAGCCUGACAGCCAGGGAGAAGUGAACUUCCAGUAUCUGUUCAGCCUGCUGGAGGAGAUGGGGUACCAGGGUUACAUUGGCUGUGAAUACAGACCCCUUGGUAACACAGAAGAUGGGCUUGGCUGGUUGAGAGAGUACUGGAACACCCACAAGUGAAGGGGAAGAGUUCUGUUUGACAUACCUGGACACCAAACUCAGCCCUACGAUUCAGCCUUUACCGGAAACCAAACAGUGAUGCCAUUAUUGGUAGGCAGAGCACAGCCACAAGAGUUAUUUGCACUUUGAUUUAUCAGCACCCGAAGAAUGAUUCAUCUGCUUCAACCUUGUCUGUCUUAGCUGGUUUAGUAUUAGGUGAUUAGUUGUACAUUAUUAACUUCCACACAUUUAUUAGUCAUGUUGAAGAGAUCAGUAGUGACACUUGAGAGAGGUCACGGAUACCCAAAAUAGACAUGAAUGACCACAGCAGUGGAACUAUGGGAUAGAUAUACAUUGAGGUUAUUGAUGUCCUCAGGAUGUCCUUGUAAUAUUAGUAAUGCUUCCGAUAGCCGCAGGAGUGAUACAACAGUGAUUUUACAGGAAUAAUGUAUCGUUGAUAAGCAAUAAUAACACUGAUGGCACAGAUGGUGAGGAAGAUGGCUUCCCUAAGGACGGAAGCCUUGACCGAGAUACAUGCCCAUGAUAAAGCUGCAUGCUGUUAAACCCAGGGGCAGGCAGUGACCGGUAGAGGCUAUCUGUUGCUGCUCCAGUCCUGCUGUUUGCUGCAGAUUAUUCUGUUAUUAGAUCAGGGAUUGGGGUCUCCAGGAUGGAACAAAAAUGGAUAAAUUCAGGCUUUAACACCCUAUACAUACAUUAAUAAACAGUAUGAAACAUUUAUCUGAAAGCUGAAGGUGCACUGUUGUGGUGACUAGCAUUCUAAGUUGUGCUACACCUUGCAAAAUAAGAUAACAUGUUUGAAUUGUUUCCUGUCAAAUGGAGUAAAACAUAAUGUGCACCUAAAGGUCAUGCUAUUCUUAUUUGAUUUGUUUAUAGUGUGUGUGGAUGUGUAUAGAAAAUAGUGUUCUACUCCUAAGGAGUAUGGCUUUCCCUAAACAUCAGGGUCCUCAGUUUGACUUCAAGAUUUUCUGAGUAUGCAAAACCGUUGCAAUGCAGCUACAAGAAAUACUGAAAUGAAAGCUUAUGAUGUAUUGACUUCUUGCUCAGAAUACAAUCCUUUACAGCGCUCUAUUAAGCUGUCUGUUAUGUGAAGGACAGCCUAACACUCAUCAUAUUCAGGGGGUGAAUCAAACUCAAGUUAUUCUAUAACAAAAUCUUAAAUCUGCAUUUAUUUGUAAUUGCUCAAUAAUUUUACUAAGCUGCAUUCAAUAACAAAAGUAAUUUCUUUUUAAAUAUUUUAAUAGCCGUACAUAGUGGAGUCAGUGCAAACUUCACACCCUAUAAAAGACAGGACAAUGGCACUGCUAAGCACUACCCCCUGCUGGUACAAAACUGGUACUGCUUGGCCUAUGGUAACAUUGCAAUAGUCAAGCCUGCCAGUAGAUCUGUGUUAGGAUACAGGUGCAGCUGACAGCAGGGAAAAAAACAAAAGUCAGUAACUUGUUAUUUAAUAGAUUGUAAAGUUUAAUUCUGUAUUUAUUUAUAUAUACAUGAUAUAUAUGUAAAACAUAUGUGCAGCCACAUUUAUCUUAAAUCACCCAAAUCAGAAGUUUCUUUUCAAAUAAAUUUGCAUUUAAGUACAUCAGUAUAUUUUCAUAUCUUUUUAUAUCUU